AUGAGUAUUGAAGAUAGACGAUCGAAACCAACACAUUUGAGAAUGACUGUAGACCAGCCUGUCGAUUAUUUUGAUAAUAAUUGUUUAAAUCGCCAAAAUCGUUGUAGCCAGCAAGGAGGAAAUUUGGUAUUUGUUAAAACAACACAAUUUGAAAUUAAAUAUUAUGAUCAUACACAAUCAGUAGAACCACAAGAAUCUAAUUGUUUACAAAAAUGCCUAGAUUCUUUAAAUACUUUUUGCCGUUCGGUAGAAUUUUCUCCAAACGAGAAAAAUUGUAUAGUUAGCGAUGAAGAUACUUUUUCGAGAGCUGAUCAACAAGGGGCUGUUCAAAAUAAAGAUUAUUAUGAACCUAUUUGUGUUUCUGCCGACCUAAGUUCUUCAACCUGCCGUCAACAAGCGGCAUUUAAUCGUUUUAUUGGGGUCUCUAUUGAAGGUCAACCUGUAGCAACAGCUCAAGGGGUAACUAUUGCGGAUUGUGUUUCUCUUUGUUUCCAAAAUUUAAAUUGUAAAUCUCUCAACUUUGACCGUACCCAAAGUACUUGCCAUAUAUUCGCUGUUGGACAGGCAAAUGCUAAUGUUAAAAAGAACCCUUCUGUUGACUUUUAUGAAUUUAAUUGCGAAUCCCAAUUUGGAGGCAUGGCACUUUGCACAAAUGAAGGAAUUAGAUUUAUUGUAAAUACAAAGGAGCCUUAUACUGGAGCUAUUUACGCAGCAGAAAAAUUCAGUACAUGCUCGCAAGUAGUUGAAAAUGCCAAGCAAAUAUCUAUUACAUUCCCCCCUCCAAAUAUUUCGCCCAAUUGUGGAACUACAAUUAAAGACGGAAAAUUGGAAGCUUUAGUUGUUGUUUCAUUAGACGGAGUUCUUCCACAUCAAGUCACCACAGAAUGGGAUCGUUUCUAUCGAGUAUCUUGUGAUGUCAGUAUGAAUUUGGAGAAAAUGUUGGAAAAGCGGGAACAGGGAAUUGAAGGGACUGUUUUGGUUACUACUAUAUUUGAAACUAAAGAAGUAGAACCACAAAUUCUCGAUGCCGGCACACCCCCUCCAAUAACGGCAACACUUUCAUUUUUGGACGCUGACGGUCAACCAUUACAACAAGCUUCAAUUGGUGAUCCAUUAUUUAUGGUUGUUAGUAGUGAACAAGCUGGUCCACAUAAUAUGAUGUUGGCUGAAUGUACAGCAACAAGAGUUGGCGGGGAAGGAGAAGCUGUUCCCUUCACUAUUAUUGACAAUGGAUGUCCACGUUACCCAGCUUUGUGCGGUCCAGUUGAGCAAGAUUUUGAGAAAAACAGACUAAAGGCAGAUCUGAAAGCGUUUCGUUUGGAUGGAUCUUAUGAUGUCCAAAUUCAGUGUACUGUUAUGUUUUGUGCUGGACCGAAUGGGUGUCCUCCUAGUAAUUGUCUCGAUUCUGGCACCAACGAUUUGUUCCUCUCCCAUGGCCGUAAAAAGAGACAUAGUAACACAAUCGGCUCUUCCUCCAACGAUGCAAACAGUGAAGAAACCCUUUCGGCAAUAAUUCGUGUUUUGGCAGAUGGGGAAAUGGAAGAAGAAGUUGAACGUUUUUAUAAUCAAACAUUAGAAGGAAAGAUAAUUAAUAGCAAUAAAAGUAGAAUUAAUGAUUAUUUGCCAGAGAAGGAGGUGAUUGACCAUAACCUUGUUUGUAUGGCAGAUUCAGUUUUCCUUUCAAUUGUGGCAUCUAUGUCUAUGAUUUGCCUUCUACUAUCAGCAUUAAUUGUUAUUUGGGGAUGUUAUUGGCUACAAACAGAAAAUAAAGAUAAUGAAAAUAGAAAAUCUUAA